AUGCGUGGGGCUGCGUUGUUUCAACUUCAGAAUUUGUUGCUGGGUGUACGGGUGAAAUAUGGGAAUUUGAAGGCAGCACUCUGUGAGCGGUUUGUCCCAAAGGAACGGAGAGAGCUUCACAAAGCUGAAUUUCGUACAAGGUGUCGCGAGCGAGAGGAGAGGCUGCCAGAUCUCGCCAGUUCGUUGCGGAGACUUGUCGGGAAAGCGUACCUGGAGGUGGUUACUGAUUUGCAAGACAGCCUAGCGAAGGAUCAGUUCAUUGAUGCGUUGGAGGAUCGGGAAAUACAGAUGAAGAUCCGAGAAUCCACCCCAAAAACGCUCGAUAAGGCUAUAGUCGAACCUUGCAGAUCGAGGCAAUGUACAAGGCUGGGUCUUAGCGCACAAAAGGUCGAUUGGUGUGAUUGA